AUGCUUUCGAGAUCUGUCAGAACAUUGCGUACGAGUUCCAAACUCAUCUCCAAAGCGAGCGUCUCCAUUCCUGUGGUUGCGUCUGUCCAAUUCUCUCGUUCUGCCGCGCAACCAACCACUUCGACCAGAGGUGUUGCACAAUUGGGCCACUUCGAAGCUCCACGUCAUAUCACAAAUGAAUACACUAAACUUUUCACCAAAGACGACGUCAAAGAUUGGGAGUUGUUGAAGCAAGAACUCAGCAACUUCACCACUAACCCACAAACCGUUCCAUUGGUGAUUGGAGGUAAAAGGAUCGAGAGCGGUCGUGAGACCAAGCAAAUUGUCAACCCUGCAAACAUCAAGCAAAGUCUCGGUACCUAUGCACAGGCAACAAAGGAAGAUGUUAAAGCCGCUAUUGAAUCUUCCCUAGAGGCCAAGAAGGUCUGGGCAGACAUGCCAUUUGCAGACCGUUCCGCCAUCUUCCUCAAGGCAUCUGAGUUGAUCUCUACCAAAUAUAGACACAAAAUGCUUGCUGCAACCAUGCUUGGCCAGGGUAAGAACGUUUUUCAAGGUGAAAUUGAUUGUAUCGGUGAGCUUAUCGAUUUCUUCCGCUUCAACGUCAAGUACGCCUCGGACUUAUACCGCUCUCAACCACCUGAAUCUGCUACCGGUGUUUGGAACAGAACUGAAUACAGACCAUUGGAAGGUUUUGUCUACGCCAUCACCCCAUUCAACUUCACUGCAAUUGCAGGUGGUUUGGUCGGGGCACCAGCAUUGAUGGGUAAUACCGUUGUUUGGAAGCCAUCUGAUUCAGCAAUCCUAUCCAACUACUUGUUGUUGCAAAUUUUGGAAGAAGCUGGCUUGCCAAAGGGUGUCGUCAACUUUGUUCCUGGUAACCCUGUGGAAGUUUCAGAUGUUGUGCUGAAUGAUACCAACUUUGCAGCAUUGCACUUUACCGGAUCAACUAAGGUGUUCUCCUCAAUCUGGUCCACUAUCGCAAACAACGUUGGUAAGGGAGUUUAUAGGGAUUUCCCACGUAUCGUCGGUGAAACCGGUGGUAAAAACUUCCACUUGGUCGACAAAUCUGCCAAUGUCGAAAACGCCGCCUACAACACCAUCCGUGGUGCAUUUGAGUACCAAGGUCAAAAAUGUUCAGCAACCUCAAGAGCAUAUGUCUCUGAAUCUGUCUGGCCUGAAUUUAAGAAAAUCUUAACAGAAACAGUCGACUCGAUCACUCCAACAAACUGCACACAAGAGUUGCAAGGUUUCAUGGGACCGGUUAUUCAUGAACCAUCUUUUGAUAAAGUUUCCGGCGCAAUCAAAACCAUCGCUGAAGAUCCAGAACUUGAGUUGCUUGCUGGUGGUAAGUUCGACAAAUCUGUGGGAUACUUUAUCAAGCCAACUGUUGUGCAAACCAAGAAUAUUGAACAUCCGUUCAUGAGAAAUGAAUUCUUUGGUCCUUUGUUAACCGUUUACGUUUACAAGGAUGCUGAAAUCGAUAAUGUGUUGGAAAAGAUUGAUACCACUACGGGCUAUGGUCUCACAGGUGCCGUUUUCAGCACCGACAGAUUGAGUAUUAGAAAGUACGAAGAGCGACUCAGAUACGCAGCUGGUAACUUCUACAUCAAUGACAAAUCUACAGGAGCUGUAGUUGGUCAGCAAGCCUUCGGUGGUUCCAGAUUGUCCGGCACUAACGAUAAGGCUGGCUCCGCUGCAUUGGUCUCAAGAUUCGUCUCUGUGCGUAGUAUAAAGGAGAAUUUCGGUGAACUCAAGAGCCACCUCAACCCAUCCAACUUCUAA